AUGACGGUACCAGUAGAGGCUAACAAAAAAGAGCUAGAGGAUUUUGAGGCGUACCUUGAGACCGAUUUUGAGCCAAAUAAGUUUGCCAAUAGUCUUUUAACUGUGUCCAAUGGUUAUGAAAAUCAAGAGCUUGAUCUAUCAACGUCGUUGAAGAAAUUGAAAUUCGACUUGGUGGAGCUAGACAAACGAAUGAAAUCUAUAUCCACGUCGAACUAUGAAUCAUUGAUUAGAAAUUUUACCGAAAUCUCUCAGUAUCAGAAGCUUGUCGAGGAGAGGAUAAAUCCUCAUAUACAGCAAGUCAACAAACCAUUUGAUAAAAUAAAAAAGGAGGUAUUGGAUCCAUAUGAUACAGCAGUUAAACUAAAUAGUGCCUUGAGGAAAAUGCAUCAGACUUUGGAGUUGUUGAGGAGUACAAGUUUUUUCAUCUUCAUUUUCCAGCAACUUGAAGAUCUACAAGUACUGGGUUAUGAUCGUGAUAUUGUAAAAAUAUGUCGAUUACACGUGCAGUUGCAAAGUCUCUAUGACGAGCUGAUGAACGAAAAAAGCGAAGAAAGUGCAUUAAGUGUCAAGUUGGUGAAAAACUACCAGGCAACAGCUACUGCUAAAAGAUUAGCUUUGAUACAGGAAAGUUCAGCUACAAUUAGUACCGAGUUGAGUCGAAUAACUAAUUUCCAUUCUAAAAAUACAAAACUAUACAAUAACUUGCAAGCAUUGUUCAUUUUGGAUCAAAAGGAGUUUUUCAGUACUUUUGAAAAAUCAACUGUUCAAAGACAAGCAACACUAGGUUCAAGUCAAUUGUCCAAGGCAUUGCAAUCGCCAAGAAACUUAAUAUCUAUUUUGCUAGAAGUUAAAGAAAAUGCAUCCAAUUACUUUGCAAAAUUGGCAGAAUUACUAAACAAAUGGACUUUUUUUGUAGAUAACAAGAACUUGCCCAUUCUGAAUGUGAUUUUACAAUCUUUCAAAAGUGAAUCAUUGAUUGCAAUGUAUUGGCAAACAUUAUCACAAAAGUUGAAGAAAAACAUCGUUGCAACAAUGGCUAGAGGCGGUCCCAUUGCUAAGAAUUUAAAGGUUUACAGUCAAGGGUUGCAAUCUGCUGUUGAAGAAAAGUUUGCUAAUGCUUCAGAGAAGGACCAGAUUUUAGAUGCAUUGACAAUAAUUGACUAUAAGUAG